GCGGCGGCGGCGGGACCGGACCGGAUCGGAUCGCUGGGGCUCGGGCGGCGCCUCUCUGCGGUGGCCCGGCCCGGCUCCGGCCCCCGCCGGGGCGAUGCUCCCCGAGGCCGCGGGAUGAGCCAGUGACCCCGCUGGCCCGGGCAUGGCAGACCCCGUGGCGAGCAUCGCAGGCUCGGCCGCCAAGAGCGUGAGGCCGUUCCGCUCGAGCGAGGCCUACGUGGAGGCCAUGAAGGAGGACUUGGCCGAGUGGCUCAACGCCUUGUACGGCCUGGGUCUGCCCGGCGGGGGCGAUGGCUUCCUGAUGGGCCUGGCCACCGGCACCACCCUGUGCCAGCACGCCAACGCUGUCACCGAGGCUGCCCGCGCGCUGGCCGCUGCCCGUCCUGCCCGCGGGGUGGCCUUCCAGGCGCACAGCGUGGCGCCGGGCUCCUUCGUGGCCCGGGACAACGUGGCCACCUUCAUCGGCUGGUGCCGGGCGGAGCUGGGGGUGCCCGAGGUGCUCAUGUUCGAGACCGAGGACCUGGUGCUGCGCAAGAACGAGAAGAGCGUGGUGCUCUGCCUGCUGGAGGUGGCGCGGCGCGGGGCCCGCCUCGGCCUGCUGGCCCCUCGCCUCGUGCAGUUCGAGCAGGAGAUCGAGCAGGAGCUGCGCGCUGCACCCUCGGCCCCCCACGCCCCGACGGCCGAGGGUGAGGAGGGCACCCCCGAAACUGCUGCUGCACCAGGGGCUCCCCCCCGAGGGCCCCGCAUGACCCCCACGGACCUGCGCAACCUCGACGAGCUGGUGAGGGAGAUCCUGGGCCACUGCACCUGCCCAGACCAGUUUCCCAUGAUCAAGGUCUCCGAGGGCAAGUACCGCGUGGGAGACUCCAGCCUGCUCAUCUUCGUGCGGGUGCUGAGGAGCCACGUGAUGGUCCGCGUGGGCGGCGGCUGGGACACGCUGGAGCACUACCUGGACAAGCACGACCCUUGCCGCUGCUCCUCCACAGCGCACCGCCCAGCCCCGCCGAGGACCCAGACAUUCUCCCCGCAGAGGGUGUCACCCACUCCCAGCCCCCGAGCUGGCAGCCCAGCCCCAGGGGGUGAGCGGCGAGGCUCCCGGCCAGAGGUGACGCCCGUGAGCUUGCGGAGCUCCAAGGAGGGGCCCGAGACCCCACUCAGGGCCCGGGAUCAGCUGCCCCCCCACCCCCGCUCCCGACGCUACUCUGGGGACAGCGACUCUUCAGCCUCCUCAGCCCAGAGCGGCCCCCUUGGUGCCCGGAGUGAUGACUCGGGCACGGGCACCCGGAAGGAGCGGCCCAGCCGGCGGCUGACCACAGGCACCCCAGCCUCCCCGAGACGACCCCCCGCCCCUCGCAGCCAGUCCCGAGACCAGCUAGAUCGGGGGCGGCUCCAGGAGGCCCCCAGAGGCAGGCGAGCCCAGCUGUCGACCCCCAGCCCUGCCCGGCGGGCCCGGAGCCAGAGCCGCGAGGAGCAGGCCGUGUUGCUGGUGCGCAGGGACCGAGACGGGCAGCACUCCUGGGUGCCGCGGGGUAGGGCCAGUGGGGGCUCAGGCAGGAGCAGCCCCCGCACUCCCCGUGCCCGCAGCCCCGCCGCCCCCCGGCCUCCCCGGGUCUCCAGCCCCAGCCCGGAGCUGGGCACCACGCCUGCCAGCGUCUUCCGCACCCCCUUGCAGCUUGACCCCCAGCACGAACAGCAGCUGUUCCGGCGCCUGGAAGAGGAGUUCCUGGCCAACGCCCGAGCCCUCGGGGCCACUGCUGGUGGAGCCCCCCCUGGACCAGCCCCCGACCCGGCUCGGGCCCCCGACGCUCCAGGCCCCGACUCGGCCUACUGUUCCUCCAGCUCCUCCUCUUCGUCCCUCAGUGUCCUGGGUGGCAAGUGUGGCCAACCGGGGGACUCUGGCCGGAUGGCCAAUGGGCUGCCCGGGUGCCGGGGCCCAGCCCUGUCCAGCUCUUCCGAUGAAGGCAGCCCCUGCCCUGGUGUGGGGGGGCGGCCAGAUGCAUCUGGGAGUCACCUGGCUGGCCCUGAGCCCCCAAGGACCUGGGCACGGGGCCGGAUGGACACACAGCCGGACGGGAAACCCUCACGAAUCCCCACGCCUCGGGGCCCCCGCCGCCCGUCGGAACCCACGGUGCCCGGGGCCUGGCACGCCCUGCACGCGGUCAGCCCCAGGGCGGAGCCGGAUUCCUGGAUGUGACGGACCAGCCCAGCUGCCUCCAGGCCCCCGUUCCUCCUCUUCCUUUUCCUUCGUGGCCUUAACCCCUCUGCAUCAGGGAACACCCCAUCCCCCGCACCUCUCGGGUACCAGACCUCAUGGGACCAGACCCCUCACAUGGCACAAUGGGACCUCUGUUGUACAUUCCGAUUGGGGGAUGAGCAUCGCUAUUUAAUUACUAAUAUUAUUGAAUGCCUUAGGAGCCCAACGAGGACCCUCCUGCGGUCCUGCGGCCCUGCAGAGCCUGACAGUAAAGUUUGGUUCCAGCCCCUUG